AUUAUACUAUUGUAGCUCUCUACAUCCUGAAGGAAACAAGACUUGGCCAAUCAUAUUUCGCUUUGUUCAACCGUCGUCCAAUAAUCUGUGAGCUUGUUGGAUUACGACAGAAAGCAACAAGAAGUUUCCAAAAUGGUGCUUGAAAGUACUAUGGUCUGUGUGGACAACAGCGAGUACAUGAGAAAUGGAGACUUCCUGCCAACGAGGCUACAGGCUCAGCAGGAUGCUGUCAACAUUGUCUGCCACUCCAAAACACGCAGCAAUCCAGAAAACAACGUGGGCCUCAUCACUAUGGCAAAUAACUGUGAAGUCCUGACCACGCUGACUCCGGAUACUGGCCGCAUCCUGUCCAAACUCCACGCUGUCCAGCCCAGAGGGAAGAUUUCCUUCUGCACAGGCAUCCGAGUCGCUCAUCUGGCCCUAAAGCACAGACAAGGAAAAAACCACAAGAUGAGGAUCAUUGCCUUUGUUGGGAGUCCUGUGGAGGAUAAUGAAAAAGAUCUUGUGAAGUUGGCAAAGCGCUUGAAAAAGGAGAAAGUGAAUGUGGAUAUUAUUAAUUUUGGAGAGGAGGAGGUGAACACAGAGAAGCUGACUGCUUUUAUAAAUACUCUAAAUGGGAAGGAGGGGACGGGCUCCCACCUGGUCACAGUGCCUCCAGGACCCAGUCUGGCUGAUGCUCUGCUGUCCUCUCCCAUCCUGGCCGGUGAAGGAGGCUCUAUGAUGGGUCUCGGUGCAAGCGACUUUGAGUUUGGGGUAGAUCCCAGUGCUGAUCCAGAGCUGGCCUUGGCCCUGCGUGUAUCAAUGGAGGAGCAGCGACAGAGGCAGGAGGAAGAGGCCCGCAGAGCUGCUGCCGCUUCUGCGGCCGAGGCAGGCGUGCCCACACCCAGCGCAGAUGAAUCAGAGGAGGCUUUACUGAAGAUGUCAGUAUCUCAGCCUGAGAGUGGUGCAGCAGUGCUUCCUGACUUCAGCAGCAUGACAGAGGAGGAGCAGAUAGCCUACGCCAUGCAGAUGUCUCUUGCUGGAGGAGAGUAUGGUGAAAUGGACACAGGAGCCCCCAUGGACACAGCUGAGUCAGCCAAGGAGGAAGAUGACUAUGACGUGAUGCAAGACCCAGAGUUCCUUCAGAGCGUCUUGGAGAACCUGCCGGGUGUCGACCCCAACAACGAGGCCAUCCGCAACGCCAUGGGCUCCCUGGCCUCCCAGACGGGAAACAAGCCAGACGGCAAAAAGGACGAAGAGAAGAAGAAAUGAGGAAUGAAACUAGAGAAACAUGAACAAUUGCAGACUAAUGCGGGAUUUCCUACGUAUAUGACAAGAUUGCUGAUGCAUCGCCCUGCAUGACAGCACUCAGACAUUUAUUACUAUCCUUCUCUGUCGAGACACUCAGAGGCACCAAUAUAGAAGAAAAUACUGCAGUACUGAAUAACUAUGUAGUGUUUAAUUUGCCCACAAAGAAACUGAUACUAUUAAAAUAUAAUAAUGGUCCAUUCUCAAAUUGCCUUGUGCACACUUCACUCUACAUUUCUCUACAUGGUUAUAACAAUUAAUGAUAAUUCUCGCCACAGAUUUUUCUUUUUUCUGGUGGCAGGCUUUGAAACCAAACAAUUAGCCACACUCCUGUCAUGUCUUUGUGGGUUUCUUUUGCAAUAAAAACUGUGUGUAAA